CGGCUUUCUAAGGCAUUCUUUGCAAAUGCGAUUUUUUUUAUAUGCCUGUUGGGAAGCUUUCCAGUCUGUGGUUUGCAAAAGCCCACGCUCUCUGCAAGGAGUCAAUGCUGUAACUGCACCCUCUAUGCUUUUUGUUUGUUUGUUUUUUAACCAAUGUUUCUGUUGCUGCAGUUUCCCUUUUCCAUGCUUUGUGGCUUGACAUAACGUAUCAAGUUUUCAUAAGGGUAAGGGGAGUCUGUCCUCAGUACCGUCUUGUGCAGUUUACGUAUACGACAUUAUAAUUUCCUGUCCUGGUGGCCCCUCCGGUGUCCCUCGGUGUUGCUGUCUGCCAGACCAAGGUGGUGACAGCAAUUGUAAUCAGUCUUUAAUAUUAUUUUGAUUCUUGGCAUCUGACUCCACAGGGAUUCUAUCCAGGCAGGUGGGUUGUGGUUCCGCUCCAGCUGCCACUGCUGAGCUCCUCACUCACGUCACUUGCACCAGUCCCUCCAGGAGCUGGUUUUGGGGACACACACCCUCCCAGACACAGUGCCUGGCAUCCAGGACCCCCUCCUGCUCCAGCAGCUGCACUGAGACCCCACUGACUCCAGGAGCUGAGAGCACAGCCCCAGGGUGUCUGCACCACACAUCUGACUGCAGUAGCUGCCACCAAAUCCACUCGCGCUGGUCCCCCCAGUAACUAGCACUUCGCCCCUGCGGCACUCGCACCCAUGGGAUACAGAGAGAUCAUGCAAAAAGAUAGUUAAGAAAGGAUUUAUUGAGAAGGUAGGACAGACUGUGGUGAUCAGGUGCAGGGCGGGGUCAGGCAAGCGCACUGACCAGCUCCGUUUUACCCAUGACCGGUCCCUUUUAUACCCCUAUCUGCCUAUUCCUCCUCGGUUCCUCCCCAGUACCCUUCCCCUGCAUGUUCCCUCACCGCUUUUCACAGUCACACCGACCCCUGCGAGCAUCCUGGACCCCCAGGUCCAGAGGCUGACUCUGUGCCAGAGGCUGCUUAUGUCCAACCCAGGGAACAGACUAUUUUAUGGACACAAGGUGUACAUGUGGGUGGUGAGGAGCUCCUAAAGGAUGUCUCUUCUUCCAGGAGCAAAUCCAGUUGCAACUGGAGAGCCUCAGGAGAGAGAAGGGAGAACUGGAGAAACGGGAAAGGAAGGAGCAAUGGAUCUGCCAGGACUAUCUGGUAGGUGCAUGGUGCUACCGGGAAGAAGUUCGUUUGGGGAGGGUGAAGAAAGGUUGAUUCUUGGCCUUUGGAGUGGGGAGAUUGUUGUGUCCAGCUGUUGGUGCACAAUAAGCACCCUCGGAAUAACAGUCACGCUCCACACCAGAAAGUAAAAGCUGUGGAUGCUUUUAAUUGCUGCCUGUCCCCUUCCGUGGUCCCACCCUCCCUUGAGAGGAUUGUUUCUGCUUGUAAAGGAAAAAGUGAAGGCGGAGAGGCAGAAGAUUGUGCCUGAAUUUAAGCAGCUGCGACAGUACCUGGAGGAACAAGAGUGCCUGCUGCUGGCUCGGCUGGGAGAGCUGGAGAAGCAGAUUAAAUCAAGAUUGAAAGAAAAUGCUGAUAAAUUCUCCAAGAAGAUUAUUUAUCUGGAUGGCCUGAUCAAGGAGAAGGAGCGUCGGCUCUCAGGACACGAGUCCCUGCAGGUGAGGUCUGCUGAAACACCAGCGCUGUCUUGGCAAACAGCAUGUGAGGCACCAGCAAAUCAGAAACACGUGAUGGGCUAAUCUUACCUUAAUUAUCUUACUUAUUAAUCUUACCUUGCUGGUGUGUCCGUUCACUGUGUAAGGGGAACGUGAGGAAUGUGUGUGCAGGAUAAGUAACACUGAGCUGCUUCUCUUCUCUCAUCUAGGACGCUGGUGACGUUUUGAGCAGGUAUGUAUUGCUUUCUCCUUUACAUCACACUGCUGCUUUAGGGUUGCAAAGAUUCCUGCCCCAGAACAAAGCUGGAUACCUCAAAUACCAGGGGUACCCCAUUGAUGUUUAUAUUUCAGUUUUCCAGAAGCUGAUGAACCAGUAUGAGUCUACCAAGAAAGUCUAUACUUGGGGAAAUAUUUGAGGAGGACAUUUCAUUUCUAAGGUCUCUGGUUGGUUUCUCCACGACUGAUGCAUAGUGACACUAAGGCAUAGAGACCAGGGCGUAGUGCCCUUGGCUCAGGGCUUCAGCACUUGGCUGUGACGCAGGUUUGCUCUGAAGGGACAGAGUGACUGGGGGCACCAGGACCAUCACUUGUAAUAGAAAUUUAAAUGGCAAUUAGAGCAUCAGGACAGAGUAGUGACGUAGCCAAUGAGACCUGCUGUCUCUACUCUCGUUGAUGCUCUUGUGU